AUGCUGUCAGACCAGGAGUCCUCAUCGAUCUCAAGCUCUAGAAAUUCAUCUCCCUACGAGAAAGUCCCUCGUGGAAUCCAGGAUUAUUCACUAGAAAUCCUCCGCCAUGAAGAAAGUUCCGACGUCAGCCACUUUAUGCCGGUAGCUCGCGGGAGCGCCGAUUCGGCACGAGCCGGUCAGGAACACUGCACGAGGGAACCGCUCUUGCCAGUCCAUACGCAUCAACAACAAAAUCGCAAAUCUUCAAGGCGAUUUUCAUCUUUCGUAUCUACAAUCUGGUCGUGGGUACUGGGGCCUUCGCCCCCUCAUAUAUACCAGAUCACACCUUUGCUGCCCCGCUGGCAGACGGCGCCGGGGCGUUUGGUGCAGAGGUUCUUUCCCAGUACUAUCAGCAAGGUCUUGCUUCUUCUGUCUUGCCUGGCUUUCUGGGGAGUAGUUUUCAUAGCAUCGCUACAUUCUGCAAUUGCCAGCUCGGCUGUAACGGGUUAUGGGGAACCCGUCAAGUUAUCCUGUCACAGUCGACUAUGGUCCAAUGCCACCGACUGUGGUCUAAACGGUGAUGCAUGUCGUCCGUUUGAUGACGGCGCAUUUGCGUUCCGCUGCCCUGCGAGUUGUUCGGCCGCAAAGGUUCUCGAACCAUACUUCGUUGGCCCGCAGGAGAUCAAUUACCGGACUCUGGUCAUCGGUGGUGAGAUAGGAGAUGGAAACGGCAGCGACUACGGCGUGUAUCGCGGUGACUCUGCCAUUUGUCCUGCUGCGCUACAUGCGGGACUCAUUAGUGAUGCCAAAGGCGGCUGCGGGGUUCUCCGUCGGACGGGUGAACAGUCCAAUUUUUUAUCUGUAGAAAGGAACGGUAUCUCAAGCAUUGCAUUCCCUUCUAAUUUCCCCUUGUCCUUUACCUUUGAUGGGAAAGGGUCAAAACAAGACGGUGGCAUUGACUGCCAGGACAUCCGUUGGCCGCUGUUCGCCUUCUCCGUGGUAGUCUCAGCAUUGCUCUCACUUUUCAUCACUUCUCCAGCGGCAUUCUUCGCUUCGAUGUUCUUCAUUGUCUACUUCCAAGUCGCGCUGUCGUCGGAUCCCCCCUCUUCUCCAAACUACUACGAGCUCAUCUCCAUCGCCCUAGGCAGAUUCCUCCCCUGCGCUUUCGUCGGCUUCGCCUUGUACUAUUUCUGCGUCAAGCACACCCUAAAAGAUCUAGACGCUCACUGGGACAAGACAAUUCUCUGGCUGGGGCCUUGCUGGCAGCAGCCCGGCGCCAUACCAGCCCUGAUCAUCAUCGUCGCCCUCCUAUGCGGCAUCGUCAUCACGCAGACCAUCGUCUUCCGCAACGAAGGCCGUCUCCCCAAAAUGCUCGCCAUCUACGGCGUCCUGGCCGCCGCCGUCCUCGCGCUCCUCGUGGUGGCGCACAUGAACCUCCGCAUCCACCACUACAUCCUCAGUUUGCUCUUCCUCCCCGGGACGACCUUGCAGACCCGUCCGAGCCUGUUGUACUCCGGACUCCUGGUUGGACUGUUCAUCAACGGAAUCGCCCGGUGGGGGUUCGAUAGUAUUCUCCAGACGCCUGCGGCGCUGCUCGACGGCGCGCAAUUGGGAAGCGCGCUUCCACAGAUCGGCGCCCCUCUGGUUGUUUCUGCGCAGGAGAUCGUCUUCACUUUCAUGAAGAAUCUAACUGACGAGGCGGAUGGGAUCAGCGUGCUUGUCAACGACGUGGAGAGAUUUCAUGCUUUCCGGUCAGGGGAUGGGUCAGUAGAAUCAUUCAAUUGGACGAGACGUAGAGCGGAGGAACCUGAAUAUUUCCGCUUCGGGUAUGUCAAACUGAAUUCGCUGGGUGGAGUGUGGUACGAAGAUUUUACGAAGCCGGUUGUUUGGGACGUUGAUGGCAGUUGGAAUCGCUCGGCUCCCUCUUAG